AUGGCCUCCAUCACUUCCGUGGAGUUGAAUUACAUCCUCUUUCGUUAUCUACAAGAAUCAGGUUUUACCCACACAGCAUUUGUUUUUGGCUAUGAGGCUGGUAUCAACAAGUCCCCUAUUGAUGGCAAUUUAGUUCCACCUGGAGCUCUGAUCAGAUUUGUACAGAAGGGAUUUCAAUACUUGGAGAUGGAAGCAAAUUUGAGUAAUGCGGAGACUGACGUGGAUGAAGACUUCUCAUUUCUGCAACCUUUGGAUCUCAUUACAAAGGAUGUCAAUGAACUGCAGAAAAUAAUAAAGGACAAGAAAAAGAACCGAGAGGAGGCUAGGGGAAAGGAAUUAGACAAAGAAGCUGAAGGUGCUAGUGAGUGUAUAAAAGUUAAUGAAGAAAAAGAAAAGGAUAAAAAGGAUAAGGAAUUGGACAAAGAGCACGAAGGAGCAAGUAGGCAUGUGAAAGAUAAGGAAGAAAAGGUGAAGGGGAAAAAAGAGAAGGAGAAACGGGAUAGUAGGGAAAGAGAUUAUGUAAAUGGCAAAGAUAAAGUUGAAAAGGACAAUAAGCGAAUCAAAAGGCUGCAAGAGGUUCAAAACGACAGAGAAAUGAUUACUGAUCAAGAUAACAGGGAAGGCGUCAGACAAGAAAAUGGGUGUUGCGGGGAUAAAACCACCUUGGGACCUGAACCGAUGGAUGUCUCUGUCUGUUCACCAUCUCCUAAUCGUGAGAUCCCUAGUUCUGAUGUGUUAAUUUUGGAAGGACAUACUUCUGAGGUUUGUGCUUGUGCAUGGAGUCCAUCAGAAUCCCUUCUUGCUUCUGUAUCUGGAGAUUCAACUGCUCGAAUUUGGACAAUCACCGACGGGACCAGUAGAUCAAGUUUACAAAGUUGCCGUUCGAGCGUUUUGGUACUUAAGCAUAUCAAACCUAAAACAAAUGAGAAAAGUAAAGAUGUGACAACCCUUGACUGGAAUGGGGACGGUACACUGCUUGCAACAGGUUCAUUUGAUGGGCAAGCAAGAAUUUGGAGUAAAAAUGGUGAAUUAAAGAGUACUUUAAGCAAGCAUAAGGGACCCAUUUUUUGUCUGAAAUGGAACAAGAACGGCGAUUAUAUUCUUACUGGAAGCUGUGAUAGAACAGCCAUUAUAUGGGACGUGAGAAAUGAAGAACUGAAACAACAAUUUGAAUUCCAUUUAGGUCCAGUGCUUGACAUUGAUUGGAGAAACAAGGUUUCGUUUGCAACAAGCUCAAGUGAUCACAUGAUCCAUGUUUGCAAAAUCGGGGAGACUAAUCCUAUCAAAACCUUUUCUGGUCAUCAGGGUGAAGUUAAUUGUGUGAAAUGGGAUCCUAUGGGUACAUUAUUGGCCUCAUGCUCUGAUGACAUUACUGCAAAGAUAUGGAGUAUGAAGCAUGAUAAGUGUGUCCAUGAUUUGAGGGACCAUGUGAAGGAGAUAUAUACAAUCCGGUGGAGUCCCACUGGACCUGGCACAAACAACCCAAAUCAAGCAUUAAUCUUGGCCAGUGCGUCAUUUGACUCAACAGUGAAGCUAUGGGACAUUGAGCAAGGAAAACUUCUCAGCAGCCUUAAUGGACACAGGGAUCCUGUUUACGCUCUUGCUUUUAGUCCAAAUGGCGAGUACUUGGCCAGUGGGUCUCUUGAUAGAUCGCUGCACAUUUGGUCACUGAAAGAAGGCAAGAUCAUCAGGACAUACACCGGUAACGGUAGCAUUUUCGAAGUCUGCUGGAACAAGGAAGGUGAUAAAAUUGCUGCUUGUUAUGCCAACAACACAGUUUGUGUUUUAGAUUUCAGGAUGUAG